AUGUUUCAUUUUCUCGAUGUAGAAGUAGGUCAUCACCAUGGUCGUCUUCAUACUCGAAUUUAUCAUGAUCCAGUGAUGGAUCAAUAUGAAUUACCAAAUAAAUUUGGAGAUGAAACAUGUCUAUCAUCAAGAUUCUUACAAAUGAUACUCAUGUAUGCUGUACGAUGUUGUUCGAAUGAAGAAAGUUUUCAUUUUGAAGGACGUUACAUGAAAUUUGUCUAUCUUUUAUAUGGCUUUUCAGUACAUUUUAUCGAUGAUUCUAUUCAACAAUUUUACAAACAAUUUCAUGCCUCUGAAGUAAUGGGUGGCCCAGAAUAA